GCGGUCGGACGCGAUCAUGAUCUACUACUGUACUGCUGCACGGUAUUAAACCGCCCACCAAACACAGGAGUCAGCACCCUCUACGGUGCGUUCGGCUCUCGGUCAUCGCGGAUUCAGCCUCUAGGACGGCCUUGUACGAUGUCACCUGCUUCUCGACGGCGAGAAGCGGAAACCUAGGGGUGCUGCAACAUGGGGGGCAUUUCUACACGUGUAGUCAUCGCCAGGAGCAUCGAGGUCUCGAGAGACGGAGUUUCCGAUGGAAACGACUCACGAUCAUAGCACAAGCUCCAGGAGCCAGCAGUUCCUUGUGCUCCUUCCUGGAGAUCACGUACAGCUCUCGCGGUAUCUGCAAGAAGAGCACGCACAAUGGGGGGAGCCCGGAAGAACAAUGUUCAGCUUCAGCGACGCUUUCUUCGGUAGACAGCGCUGCCGCUCAAUAGAGCUCGUCCGUUGGAGUACCAGGAACUUGGAUGCUUAGACCAAUGGGGCGGCAGUCGAAUUCUUGUGAAGGGCAAAGGGUUGUCAGCAACUCCCUCGUUGCAGGCAUGGAGCUAUUUUAAGUACGUCGAAGGAAGCAUGGUAUCUUGCGCGUUCUAAACGACUCUCAUGUAUCGUAUAGUAAGGAUGAGUGUCUCGGGACCCGCCGAUCUGUUUAUAAGCAACACGAUUGUAGGAGCGAUUCCCUGAGCUCGAAGCUCUGUUGCUGCCUCUGUUCCGCUGUAGCUAUUGUUGUUGUUGUUAUUGUUGUU